UUAUUAUUUUUUUUUAAAAAAAAAGAAAGGUGUCAUUACGAUAAUAAUACAAGAUGAAAGUCAUGAGGAAUAAUGGAUCAAGCAUUGCAACUGAAAUAGAUCAAAUUGACCAUUUUGGAUCAAGAAAACGAAAACAUAGACGAUCACUUACACCAUUACCUUCUCCUUCUUUAUUAAAUACUAAACGACGCCACUCUCAGCAACAUCUUUUAUCAACGCCAUAUACAAAAAAACAUGUCCUUGUCACUGGAGGGGCAGGUUAUAUUGGAAGUCAUACUGUUUUAGAACUAUUGAAUGCAAAUUAUUCUAUUGUGGUUAUGGAUAAUCUUGUGAAUGCCAAUUUAGAGGCUUUAGCAAGAGUAGAAUAUCUUUCUGGGAAAUCCAUCUAUUUUGUUGAAGGCGAUGUCACUUGUGAAAAGGAUUUGGAAAAAGUAUUUGAAGCAUUUCCAUUUUGGGCAGUGGUACAUUUUGCAGCUAUCAAAGCAGUGGGCGAAUCAACACAAAUUCCUUUGACAUAUUAUCACAACAAUGUCACAGGAUCAUUACUUUUAUUUCGAAUGAUGGAUCGUUUUAAAGUCAAGAAUUUGGUCUUUUCUUCUAGUGCUACAGUUUAUGGUGAACCAGAAAUGAUGCCAGUCAAUGAAACAGCUAGUCUUGGACCAGUGACUAAUCCUUAUGGACGUACCAAAUUAUUUGUGGAGGAAAUGUUACGGGAUGUAUGUGAUUCCGAUCCAGAUUGGAAUGUAUGUUUAUUACGAUUCUUUAAUCCUGUUGGUGCUCAUCCUUCUGGUUUGAUGGGAGAAUGUCCUCAAGGUAUACCAAAUAAUUUAUUACCUUAUGUCAUUCGGGUUUUACAAGGUCAUCUUCCAUGUGUACAAGUAUUUGGAUCAGAUUAUGAUACCGUGGAUGGUACUGGUGUUCGUGAUUAUAUCCAUGUAUGUGAUUUGGCAACAGGUCAUGUAGCAGCAUUGAAGAAAUUGGAAGAAGAAUCAACAACAAAUUUAUCAUCACCAUCAUCACCGUCACCAUCCUCUUUUACAACAAAACCAAUAUUAAAACAAGAAGUAAGGCGUGGAAAAUGUGUAGCAUAUAAUCUUGGAACGGGUGCUGGUUACUCUGUUUUGGAAAUCAUUUAUGCUAUGGAAAAAGCAACUCAGAAGAAAAUCCCUUACAAGAUUGUGGAACGACGACCUGGGGAUGUAGGUGUUUGUACUGCUGAUGCUACUUUGGCUAAUAAAGAAUUAGGUUGGAAACCUUUAUAUACCAUGGAUGAUAUGUGUCAAGACAUGUGGCGAUGGACAAGAAGAAAUCCCAAUGGAUAUGAUGGACCUCUUGUAGAUGAUGAUGAAUUAUAGUUUUAGUUGAUCAAAUAAUACUUCAAAUAAAAGU